AGCCUAGUUAGUCUAUGAUUGAACAAUAUUUACCACAAACAAACGAAAAUGCUACAAUAGCGAAAUCCAAAAAAUUUUCACAUCUAAACUAGGCCUUACUGGCAACAACGAUUACUUGCGCACAUUAGAGCCUCACUCUUGCACCUUUUGUCCUUUAUUACUUCCUCGCCGCCCUGCCGAGUUACUUAUACUUUAGCAUGCUGAAGAUCAAUUGUGUUGACAGGGAAAUGAGUCUUUCAGCCUGCAUAUCACAUAGAUUCAAUUGUCCCUCAUUGAUGAUUGGACCUGUUAAUGAAAAUAGUUAGACUCGUCAAUACGAUUUGUAUAGAUACUCCUCAUUUCAACACCUUAAAUGACCAUAAACUAUGUGAUGCUUUUGAUAUAUCCACUCUUAAAUAAUUCAUCAGAUAUCCUAUCAUUUGGAUAUAUUAAAAGUAAACUUAAUCUCUUCUUGCUGAUUUUGUGCACCAACUUAAGAAAAGCACAAGUAUGUGGUCUAACUUGAAACAACCCUAUAAAUUUAGCAACAUAUAUUUCUCUAGAUUUGUCGUCCGAACUAUUAGAAUUGUAUUCCCUCUAAUUCAUAGAAUCCGUACCAGUCAAAUUUUUUUAAGUUUGACUAACUUUAUAAAAAAGAAUAACAACAUCUAUGACAUAAAAUGUGCAUCUUAUGAAAAUAUAUUCUAUGAUAAAUCUAGUGAUACUAAUUUGAUAUCACGAAUCUUAGCAUUUUUUUUCUAAAAAGUUGGUCAAAGUUUAAAAAGAUGUGCUACCUUUUCUUCUCCAAUAGUCUCCCAAUAUCUCUCCCUUUUUUGGUGGUCACCAAUAUUUUCCUCAUCUCCCUCAAGGAGAGAGAUACAACUCCCCUAAUACCAUGGAGACGUCCCGACUACUACUUUUCAGUCAUAUUUUCUCCUAUACUUCUAUGAGAUCCACCUUUCAUAUGGGUAUUGAGGAAGAUAUAUUGGAGUAGUGUUGCAGCAUCUCUUCCAAUAAAUCUAGAAAGUAAUAUUAGACUACCCUAAUGGUAUCUUAUUGGGAGUUGUAUUGGGAGACGGUUGGAAAUGCUCGCCCAACCCAACCAACGAAUGGAAGACCUUGUUUAGAUGUGAAAAUUUUUUGGAUUUCGCUACUGUAGCACUUUCGUUUGUUUGUGACAAAUAUUAUCCAAUUAUGGACUAACUAGGAUCAAAAGAUUUGUCUCGUGGUUUACAGCUAAACCGUGUGAUUACUUUUUGUUUUCGUCUAUAUUUAAUGUUUCAUGUAUGUGUUGCAAGAUUCGAUGUCAAAUUUUUUUGGUUUUUGAGGUGAACUAAACAAGGCCUAAGAUCAAUUGCUGAGUGUUUUCAACCCCAAGUUCGUGGGCUAGGCUACAUAAUUUGCAUGGGCCUUUAAAUAAGCCACGUCACAGGCCGAGCCACACAUGUGCCGUAUAUGGGCUCAAGUAAGUAUAAUCGAGCCCCUUGCGUUGCGUCCCGUGUUCCUCCUGGUCGGACCUGCACGCUCUCAUUGCAUGUCGACCCAAAGUCUAAGUCAACUAGUCAACGCGCAUCGCGCGCCAAAGUGGACCGGUUCCGCACAUCCAAUCGCAAACCCCCAACUGUGCUCGUUGGGAGGAGCAAGAGCAACCAAUGAAUGAAGUAGCAAAACUGGAUUGUACAAAAUUUGGAGUAUGUAUGGUCUAUAUAAUAGCAUAUGUACGUACAAUUGUACAAAAAUAAAGCACGACCCUUUCUGAAAAAAAAAAAACUGCUGCUUUCAUCAGUCCUGAGCAACCAUGGAGACCAUCGACCCCCAACUUCGACGUUCCAGAGCUUCGUUGCAACCUACACACAUAAAGCUUUGGCCUCCACAAAAAUAAAAGCUUUGGCCUCGACUAUGCACCAGAGGCUUCGUCAAAGGCGACUGGGGUCAGUUCUCUCCCGUUUCCUCCGCCUCGUGUCCUCCACACCCUCGCCGCCGCUCCAGGUCCAGGCCAUGGCGAACGACGGAUCGUCGCCGAGAGCGCGCGGCGGUGGCAACGGCACCGGCACCGGCAGGAGGUGCUGCGGCGGCGGGACCCACCUCACGUGCGUGGACCUCCUGGUAUUCCUCCUCGCCGCGGCGCUCUGCUCCGCGUCCUACUGCCUGGGGAUAUGGCACAACAGCCGCGGCGCCGCGGACAGCAGGGUCCUGCUGGGGCCGAGCGCCUGCGAGGACGACGCCGACAAGCCGCUCGACUUCGAGACGCACCACGCCGCCGAGGACGCAGGGCUCUCCGUGUCGUCUACGGUGGCGGCGGCGGCGGCGAAGACGACGACGAGCAGCACGCGGCGGGCGUUGCGCGGCGGCGGCGGCGCCGCGGACGGCAGCACGGCGCGCCGCGGCGUGGCCGCCUGGGCGGAGGCCGGCGCCGGCGGUCGAAGCCUCCGGUUCACGGACGCCGUCCAAGCGUAGGUCGACGCCGUGUGUCCAGCCAGGGCGGCCUCGGCGCGCAGCGGCUCCGGACCGGGCGUCGGACACACCACGGCGUGUUCCCGGCUCCCGGUCCUCAAUCCCAAUGCAGUUCACGGUCGUCUGUUACAUUUGGGGGGGUGCGAAUUUACAGCCUAGUCCUUUUGGGUUGUUUGAAAGUUUCAAUCAUUUUCAGGGAUUUGCGUGAAGAUUUUCUUUUCAGUGAUACUGAUAGGGGGCUCGAGAGUAUCUAAACCUGAGGAGAGUUUCGGAAUUAUCUUUUUGGCGUGAUGCGUGCACUGCGUGUAAUAGCCCGAUGAUUGCAGCCGGCAGCUUUGCACUUUAGUGGGCGACCAAAUCAAGGACGAGGGGCUGCUUGCAGGCCGCCACGAAGAAAGCGGUGGUGUCGUCAGCCAAGAAGACUUUUUUUGAGAGCCGAGUUGACAUUUUGUUGUAAUUUAAUUUAUAGCAUAUAUGCAUGUCGCCAAAACGAUUAGCACCCAAACUACCACAAUUUGCAGGAAUGGUAAGCAAACGUGUCAAUGACAUCUGUUGAGCA